GUUGGAAAAACAUUUUUGUUCAAAAAUGUUUUUGUUCUAACACCCUCUAGGUUUGUUUGCAAUAUUUCCAUGUUUAGUGUCAAGAUGUAUUUUUAGUUUGUUAGGUUUCAUGCUUCCAGAGGCCAGGACGGAUAGACAGAUUACACACUGAGGCCGUUCUUGGCCAUGUAUGAUUGUUUUUUAAAACCUAGUUAUAAAUAUUGGUUGGUAAGGUUGGUAAGGUACCUUGAGGUUGGUAAGUCUGACUCGCCGUCUUCAGAAGUCUGGCGUUCGUAGCUGCCAAUUUAAUGUUUGAACACCGUGUUAUGGCCAUUGCAUCAGCUGCAGAAGUGUUUUGUACAUCUAGUGAGUGCUCCAGAUAACACCUAUGUUCUCAGAAACUCAGUAAGUUGUUCAAUGUGCUGUAAUUGGGGCUAGAACUAACACCAGUUGGACGGACUAGGCCUGUUGCUGUAUGACAGAUGUGUUUGAAUUCGUCAUCUGCUCAAGCCAGCUGCGCAUCAUCCAUCAGUGUGGCCACCUGCGGGGAAAAUUACCCACACAAAUUUCCCUACAGUUACUCUCAGCGGGGUUUCAUCACAAUCUGCACUGCGGGUUCUGCGUCACGAAGAUGAAGGCGCCGCAAUAUGUAGUUAAUUGCAAUUAACUAGUAAAAUGACAUUCUCAUCACCUCUAUGACUGUGUAUUGUUGUAAAUAACUCUUGCUCCUUCUGUAUUUUGUACAAAGAAAGCCAUUUUGAUAAGCAUAGGCUCAAGGAUACUAUAUGUCAAUAUGAAUUUAGAUAGAAACCAAGAGUCUAUGUUAAACAACUUAAACAGCUUAAGUGUAGAAAUGGAACAAAUUGUACUGGAAUUCCUUACGGAAUCCAGAUCAAUAGCUGCUAACUGUCCAGAUGUAGACUUUACUAAAUUCUACAGCUUAGUUAUUAAACUGAUUAUAGAAUUGGACAAUUUAUCUUAUGAAAAGGAAAACAACCCUUUGAAACCUAGAUUUGAUGAACUUUCUUGUGAAUUGGUCUUGCUUAGGGACAAACUUUCCUACGAGAAAGAGAAAAGGCGUUUAGAGAUGGACAGUUCUUUUCAAUUUCAGGAUCAAGCCUUUUUAGAAAAAGAUGAGUUAGAAAGUAAGAUUAAGGCACUUAACGAGGAACUACAGUUAUCACGGGUGGCAUUUGAAAAUCUUUCAUCCGAAAAUAGACUUUUAAAUGAAAAAAAUUGUAAACUUAGUCUAGAACAAACAUCUGAUAAGAAUAAAAUAAUAGAACUAACAUCUUGUAGAGACAAACUUGUAAAACAGGUGGAAAGUUCUAAAUCCAGGACCAGUUCUGAGUGGUCCAAAUCGAGAUGGGUUGAUGGUGAUACGAUUCAAUUUUAUGUAGACGCAUGUGAGCGUGAUCUCUGUGGGAGGAAAGAUGUUGUGGUUAUGGGACCCUCUGUUUCCCAUGCCGCAAAACUCAGUGACCCUGUAGAGACCAUAGCAAUCCUGGAGAAACUUUAUUUACGGGACAAGGAUUUCGUUUUGUGCUGUGUAAAUGACAGUGGAAAAGGACUGACUGACGACAGUGGCUCACACUGGAGCCUGUUGUUAAUUGACAACAGGUUCAAACAAGCUUUUCAUUUGGAUUCGAUAAAAGGGUAUAACUCUCGCCACGCCCGUGAACUAUGUGUUAAGCUUGGUAUACCUGAUAAGGACUUCAAUGAACUUCCUUGUACACAACAAAAGAACAAUUUCGAGUGCGGUUUGAGUGUGAUGGUUCACUUAAAAAUUAUAGUGGGCUGUUACAUUCAACCUAAUACUAAAGCAUCUUUCCUUGACUGGUAUUUGAGUAUAUUUAACUAUCCAAGCGAAUCUCAAACUUGUAAGAGGCCUGAGUUGAGCACUCUCCAUUCACAACCUCUUUCGAAUAAAAACUCGAGUUCAACUCGGCAUCACGUGCAAUCAAGUAAAACAGAAAAGAUGCCCAGCAUUCCUAGCUUGAAAUUGAAGAGAGGUGGGGACAGUGAGUGGAGAGUGGUUAGCCCAAAGCACAGUGCCAGGCACAGACUGGUAGCGUCAUUCAACGUAAGUCUUGAAAAUUCAUACGAUAUUCUCGUAUCUGAGAAAAGUAAUGUUCCUCCUUAUGUUGAUCGGAAAAUUACCAACACUAGUAAAGUUCCUAAACAAAAAAAAUCAAACUAUGGUAAUACAACUAAGAGCAAUGCAAGGUUGCUGCCUUCCAAACCUGCUCAUGCACCUGACAUUACUGUAAGUCAGCAUAAAAGCAACAACAAAAAAGGUGUUGUCCUUUUAUUAAGUGACUCGCAUGGACGUGAUAUUCCAGAAAAACUUGACAAAUUGCUAGAGCCUAAGCUUAAAGUAAAAUAUAGUGUUAAGCCUGGUGCUACAAUGGAGAAUGUACUGGAGGGCAGCAAACCUGGCCGGAAUGAGCUUACAAAGAGUGACGUUCUCGUGUUGUUUGCUGGCACUAACAAUGUCCCUGACAACUGUGGUGGUAUUCUUUCAUCAUUAAGUAAAUCAUUGAAAGAGUCAGUCAACACCAAUGUUAUCGUUUUGGGUAUACCUCUGAGGUAUGAUAAUAGGGCCCUGAAUAAUAAAAUCGGACAAUUAAACAAUGAGAUCAAAAACUUAGUCAAAUCCGACGAUCACGUCACCUUCUUGCCUAUAGAAUCCAUUCCAAAACACCACUACACGAGACGGGGGCUGCACUUUAACAAUCGGGGAAAGAGCCUCAUAGCUACCAUAAUUUCUGAUGCUAUCUUGUCUCGUGCGGAGUACCGUAAGUCCCACGCCUUGUGUCAUGAGAUCCAGGAGAGAGUCAAAAGACGUGGAAGUGGUAAAUCGUUCAAUGAUCCCCCACGGGUAUACCGUACAAGAAUAUGGUAUAACUCUCGGUUUGGCUCGGGCGCUUUCGGUGCGGAGAGUUCACCGCGAGAAACUCCUGAAGGUUCUGCCCGGCGGAGGGUGUGGGUCAACUCGGGAGUUGAGGCCAGCCAUUUUUUGUACGGGGGUCGAGUCCGACAGCCAAGGGGAUAGCACCAUCAU